CGAGUUUGCCGAGAGCGCUUCGAAGUGCUGGGCUAGAGCCUCAGAGGAUUUUCCGGCUCUUAUUUCCCAUGAACUUCUGGGCCUAAACUAAUCUCAGUCUGUGGGUCCCUUUCCGGUGUCUCCGAGAUUUUUGGACUCUGUGCGCUCUGUCUUUUCUGGACUCUGUGCUUCACCAAUAGAGGAACCCUAUGGAGCACUAAUUAGUUCCUGGGAUUCUAGAACCAUGACUGACGGCUUGGUGACAUUCAGGGAUGUGGCCAUUGACUUCUCUCAGGAGGAGUGGGAAUUCCUGGACCCUGCUCAGAGGGACUUGUAUGUGGAUGUGAUGUUGGAGAACUACAGCAACUUGGUCUCACUGGAUUUGGAGUCGACAUAUGAGACAAAAAAUACAUUUUCAAAAAAGGACAUUUUUGAAAUAAAUUUUUCCCAGUGGAAGAUAAAGGAAAGAAAUAAAACCAUUAAGCUUGAGGCAUCCAUUUUCAAAAAUAACUGGAAGUGUAAGAGCAGAUUCAAGGGGCUCCAGGGACACCAAGAGAGAUUCUUCAGUCAAGUGAUAAUCAGCUAUGAAAAAAUGCCCACUUACAAAAAGCACGAAUCUCUUAUUGCACAUCAAAGAACUCCUAAUCGAGAAAAACCCUACAUUUGUAAGGAAUGUGGGAAGGCUUAUAGUCAUGACUCAAAACUUGUUCAACAUGAGAGAAUUCAUAUGGCUAAAAAACAUUUUGAAUGUAAAGAAUGUGGGAAGGACUUUUUAAGUGCCUAUCAACUCACUGUGCAUCAGAGAUUUCAUACUGGUGAGAAACCUUAUGAAUGUAAGGAAUGUGGGAAGACCUUUAGUUGGGGAUCAAGCCUUGUUAAACAUGAGAGAAUUCAUACUGGUGAGAAACCCUAUGAAUGUAAAGAAUGUGGGAAGGCCUUUAGUCGUGGCUAUCACCUUACUCAACAUCAGAAAAUUCAUAUUGGUGUGAAAUCUUAUGAGUGUAAAGAAUGUGGGAAGGCCUUUUUUUGGGGCUCAAGCCUUGCUAAACAUGAGAUAAUUCAUACAGGUGAGAAACCUUAUAAAUGUAAAGAAUGUGGGAAGGCCUUCAGUCGUGGCUAUCAACUUACUCAGCAUCAUAAAAUCCAUACUGGUAAGAAACCUUAUGUAUGUAAAAUUUGUGGAAGGGCUUUUUGUUGGGGCUAUCAACUUACUCGACAUCAGAUAUUUCAUACUGGCAAGAAACCCUACGAAUGUAAGGAAUGUGGGAAGACCUUUAAUUGUGGCUCGAGUCUGGUUCAACAUGAGAGAAUCCAUACUGGUGAGAAACCCUAUGAAUGUAAAGCAUGUGGAAAGGCCUUUAGUCGUGGCUAUCACCUUACUCAACAUCAGAAAAUCCAUACUGGUGAGAAACCUUUUGAAUGUAAGGAAUGUGGGAAGGCCUUCAGUUGGGGUUCAAGCCUUGUUAAACACGAGAGAGUUCAUUCUGGUGAGAAAUCUUAUGAAUGUAAAGAAUGUGGAAAAACCUUUGGUAGUGGCUAUCAACUUACUCGACAUCAGAUAUUUCAUACUGGUGAGAAACCCUAUAAAUGUAAGGCAUGUGGGAAGGCCUUUAAUUGUGGCUCGAGUCUGGUUCAACAUGAGAGAAUCCAUACUGGUGAGAAACCCUAUGAAUGUAAAGAAUGUGGAAAGACCUUUAGUCGUGGCUAUCACCUUACUCAACAUCAGAAAAUCCAUACGGGUGAGAAACCUUUUCAAUGUAAGGAAUGCGGGAAGGCCUUUAGUUGGGGUUCAAGCCUUGUUAAACAUGAGAGAGUUCAUACUGGUGAGAAAUACUAUGAAUGUAGAGACUGUGGGAAGGCCUUUGAUAAUGACUAUCAACUUAGUGUUCAUCAGAGAUUUCAUACUGGUGAGAAACCUCAUCAAUGUAAGGAAUUUGGGAAGACCUUUACUUGUGGUGCAAGCCAUGUUCAACAUAAAAGAAUUAAUAAUAAUGAUAAACCCUACAAAUAUAAAGAGUGUGGGGAAGCCUUUAUAUGGACAGCCUAUUCAAAUGGGGCAGUUGAUGCUGGUGAAACUAUGACUGAAGAAAUGUGAAAGAAUGUGCUUUUGUGUGUGUAUAGACAACUUACUUAAUGUGAGAAGUCUUACUCUUGAGAAACCUUUUGAAUGUAGGGCAUGUGCAAAACCCUAAACUGUGUAUGGAUAAUUGAUAUCAGAAAAUUCAUAUUAGUGAGAAAUAUUUUGAAAACGAGGACUAAGAAAAGGCCUUUCGACUUCUGUAUGAUCUUGAACAUCUGUACUGACGUGAAGCCAUUUAAUUGUAGGAAAUAUGUAAAGAUCUUUAUUUUUUUUUAAGAUCUUUAAUUCAUAGUACAAAGUCUCAUAAGUGUUGGAAAAAUUAUGCUCAUCAGAAACUCUUUAAGGCAUAUGGGAAGAUUCUAAAUUUAAUUUGGUUCUUGUAUAUCAGAGAAUUCAUACUGCUGUGAAAUUCUGUGAACUUAAGGAGUAUGGGAAGACUUGUAAUCAUGGUAAACAUCUUAAAAUACAUCAGGGAAUUCAUCCUAAUGAGAAGCCAUUUGAAUUAGAAUUGUAGGAAGGCCUUUAGACAACUGCUACUCCAACUAUUGUCCAGAGACGUUUUGCCAGUCUAUAAAAUCAUUGCCUGUCAAUCAUGAGAUAAAUGCAGAAAGUGAGAGUAAAUGUUUGGAAACUUUUAUAGAAAUUUGAUAUUGCCAUAACAUUAUCAUUAUAUUUUACAAAAGUAUCAGUCAAUGAAUGAUUGGAAAUUUAAAAUGAAAAGUUUGUCCUUCCCUCUAUAAGUUGAGAGACAACAUUCAUACUUUUUAAAACAGGAGACAAGUCACAAAGUAACUUAAUUAGAAUAAGAAAUUCUUCACUUGUUGGACAAUGAUUAGAAUAGCAGAAUACUUAAUACUUCAUAAGAUAAAUAUGAUGUAUACUUCAUCAGACUUUGAUAAAUCUGGAUAAGGAAAAAUCAAGAAAGUUGGCAACAUUGUAGAAUCAUUAAUAAGAAAAGAGAUAUAAUUAGAGAUAUAGAGGUUUUUUUUUUUUUUAACUUAAGGCAACACAAUGUAUUUAAACAUAUUUGGAUCAAUAAGAAAAGAAAAAGACUGAAAAAAAUUGCUCCAAGAUCUCUUUUUUAGAAACAAUAGUUGGAAAUUGUCAUCUUCUUAGGUAUCAAUUUCAAGAGGAAAAAAAAUUUUUUUGCUAUCUCAUCUGGAUAACAUAUAUAUCUGGUAACAAAACUAAAUGGAAAUAGCCUCCAAAAAGCAAAAGCUAGAUUAAUUGAAUUUGCCUGCAUAUGUGUUCAGUCACUUCAGUCAUGUCCAACUCUUUGUGAACUCGUGGACUAUAGCCCGACAGGCUCCUCUGUCUAUGGAUAGUCUCCAGGCAAGAAUAUUGGAAUGGGUUGCCAUGCCCUCCUCCAGGGGAACUUCCUGACCCAGGUAAAUGCAAAAAUUUUAAGUAAAACACCAAUAAGCAGAAUCCAGAUGUAAGAUUGCACAGUAGAAAAUAGUUUUUAUGGAAUAUUCAAGCCCAAAACUUUCUGGUUUAAAUGGAAAUAUAGGCUAACUGACCAAAAAAAAAAAAAAGAAUCAGUAUAAGUUUAAUUCAUUCUGAUAGUUCAUCUUAAGGUUUGUGUGACUUUUAGAGUAGGAAAUUACACACAAUGACUUAAUUCUAAGAAGAAUUUAAUAUUUGUAAAUCAGAAUGCAUCUCAAAAUUGGUGACUUUUCAUUUUCAUCUCGGUGGCUGUUUUGAUUUAGUGCCAGCAUGAAAGCAUAUUAGUUAUGAUGAAAUAAAAGAAUGUUUAUAUACUCAGAAUUUGACUCUUUAAAAAUGACUGAUUUCCAAAAAUCAGUUACAUCAGAACUGCACUGACAAAUGUCUGUGGUUCAUCUUGGUCAUUGUUUUAAUCUGCACCUCACCUCUAUGUCCAUUUUUGCAGAUAGGCCAUCCAUGGUAUCUCUGUUCAGUCGUUUAUGGUUUAGUGGUUGACAGCAUUAUUCCACAUAAUUGUAAUAAUCAAGUGUAACACAAAGCAGAAUACUUUGAGUGUUUUAAUAGAAUAUAUCAUCACCAGUUAGAAUUGUACUCCUCCAGGGUACCAUAUUUGCAUGUUAACUAGGAGAUAUGGUGAUAGCAACUUAUCCUACCAUUUCUGAAAUUGUAGGUCUCGGAAGUCACCGGUGCUUAAUAGUACUUGAGAAACAAAGGAAAUUAAUUCUCUGAUUAAAGAAGCUUAUGAAGCAGCAUCUUCUAAAAUACCCUCUUAAGGAACUACCUAAAGUACCUUAUCAGCUUAUCAAAAGGCUAAAGAGUAGUGAAGAAAAUGGUUCAACUGUGUUUAAGUUGGUGUUAUCUCAAACUUCACUAUGGAAAUACCAAUUCUCAUGACUUAUUAACAUCUUGAGGGUGUGAAACUGCAUUGGGAGGUGCAACCAUAACUAAGAGAUGAUAAAGUUGGAAAUUACAGUCACUGAGUCUGAUUGUUUAGCUAUGACAAGAUGACAGUAUCGUACUCUUAGUUGCCUUCUAAUGUUUUCUCUUAUGAGUAAAUAUCUUCGUUGUGUCUAAGUAGGCAUGGCUCCUGAGUUUUAUCAAAUGCCAUUUUAUUAUCUCUUCCUGCAGUUGUAUUUAAUUUGUUAUACUGUGAUAAUUAUUUAUGCUGACAGACUCUUUGACUUCUUCCUGUUUCUAGGUAUACUCAGGUUAGCCAUUGGGUGUGUGUAUGUGUGUGUGUGUGUGUGUGUGUAUGUUUUGAAUUCCCUACUUGAUUUCACUUAGUACUAUUUUAUUUAGAAUUUUUACAUCUCGUGAGUAAGACUAUAUGAUGAUUUUCUUUUAGAAUGUAUUUUUUUGUUUUUGUAUUGCGAUUACCUGUUCCUUAAAAUUGCAUGACUCUAUUGGGUUGUUUUGUUUUGAAUUGGAGGUCCUUAAUCACUUUUUCUAGUUUAAUCUGUUGAUUUUCUUGUCUUUGAAUUUCUACUUAGGACACAACAAUUUCACUAAAUAUCCAGCACAGUUCCUUUAAGGAAUCUUCAUAGUACCAGCCAAGAUCCACAUAAAAAGAGUAUUCCAACAUAGUCCCUAACUGAAAAUCUUUCAGUAUGUGUUCUGGAAGAUACCGUGUUGGGAAGUCAGAGUGCCUUAUAGGACUGUUAUAAUUAGCCGUGUCUUUCAGAGUAUAUACAUUUCUUUCUGUGUAUACUGUGAAGUAGAAUUGCUUGAGUUUGUUUAUGGGUAUGUCCAUGUUCAGCUUUAAUAAGUUUAGUUCUCCUACAUAUUAAUAGAUUUCCAAACAAAUAUACCAGCUGGCACUCCCAACAGCAGUGUGUGUUCGUAUCCUUGACAAUAUGUGGCAUCAUCAGUUAAAAAAUAUAUGUACAUAUUUUGCUACUGUGAUAGGUAUACAGUGGUACCUGAUUGUAAUGAUUGUGGUUCACAUUUCCAGUUUUCUGAUUGUCUGUUGGCUAUUUGAAUUUUUCAGUAUCUCUUCGCUCCUUGCUCAUACAUCAUUGGAUGCAUUAGGUGUGUACAGUUUCACAAAGUAUCUGCACAAUUUAUAGGACAGGAUUUGACACCUAGGCCAUCGUGUGUGCAUUUAUCCUCCACUAGACAGGGAGCUGGUUGAUGGCUACGAUGGAAUCAGCUUUGUCUUUGCAUCUCCAGCUCCAAGUAUGAUCCAUGAGUUUUAGUUGUUUAACACAGUUAGGAUACACUCAUCAGAAAUUAAAAGAACCAAAAUGAUUGAAGCAAUGAGGAAGUAUAUUGAGUCAUAUAAUAUGAUCCAUUCUGGGCUGGUUGCCCUUUGUGCCUGACGUGAGAGAUACUGUGAUCUCCACCACCAUCACAUUAGAGAUUCUUUUCACUUCUCUCCUACAUUGAGUUUCUAGUUUUCUGCUUGCUCCCGUGGAGCAACCUCCAGUUGCUUUCUCAGAAGGGGGUGAUUUUUGAAAUAACUCACAUGGUUAAAAAGGUUAUUCUCCCCUUCUGUUUCUGAUGUCUCAUUUUGGCCAGCAGAUUCUUGGGCAUGUUCUUUUCAUGGUCCAUGGCUGAAGCCCAAAAUGCUGAGCCAAAGCAUCUUUAAAGUCUGUACAACCGUCCUGAUCAGCUCACAUUCUAUUGAUUAGACAAGUCAAGUGGACAAGCCCAACAUUAACAGAGGCAGGGGUGAACCAUGCCAAGGGCAGAUGGUAAAGGAAGAAUUGUGGGAAAACAGUAUAAGCUACCAGGCUCAUAACAACAUAGGUGGCUUCCUUAUAUUACCUUGUGCGGGUAGCUAAGCAAUAGUUAAUCAUUUCAAAGAUAAUAUAUCUCCAUGAUGUCAGCCAGUAGAGAAAUAUAAACCUUUCAUAUAACCAUGCUCAUAGUUGCCAAAUGAAUUUAUAAAUUUACAUCAAUUUCUUUUAAAAAUAGUAAAUUAUCAUGUAUUAAUAUGGCUUAAACUGAGUCUCCCUUGGUGGCUCAGUGGUAAAGAAUCUGCCUGCCAAUGCAAGAGAUGCAGUUUCAAUCCCUGGGUUGGGAAGAUCCCCUGGAGAAGGGAAUGGCUACCUACUCCAGUGUUCUUGCCUGGGAAAUCCCAUGGACAGAGGGGCAUGGCAGGCUACAGCCCAUGGGUUUGCAUAAGAGUUAGACACAACUUAGUGACUAAACAACAAAUUGAGUCUUAUGACUUGUGGCAGAAUGAUUGUCACUAAUAUGUCUGUUUAUGAAUCAGUUCAGUUCAGUCACUCAGUCAUGUCUGACUCUUUGUGACCCCAUGGGCUGCAGCACGCAGUCCAUGAAUAGUUAUGAAUAGUUGUGGAGAAAAUUACAAGAAAAAGAGAGAAAAUGUGUCAGAAUAAGAUGCUUUGUAAUAUCCAAAGUUAAAGAAGUUUCUCUUUCAUAUAGACUUCCUGAAAAUGUGACCCCCACCAUGUGAGCACAAUUUGACAAAGAAAAAUGGGCAGAUAAACAGGUGUUCCUACUUUGUGGGGUUGUCUCACAACAUGGAACUCCUCCAAAUGAGUAUUAUUUGGACGUUAGUGCUGGACUGGGAGGUGCUCUAACGAAAGGCUGUGCAGGGUCCCACUGACAGCCUUUUAAAAGAUGGAAGAGGUCAUCAAAAGGAGGUGACCACUGGUUGACCUGAAAGCUGGACCCUGGCAAUUGGAGACUCCUCCCUACCCCCUUCUUUGGAAUGUGCAGUCUGCCCAAUGUUCUCACACCAGGAGCCAUUUCAAGGAUGCAGCCUUGAGAUGCUAAUGUGUUGUUGAGACCAUCUGGACAGUAAAUGUGACUGAACUCAGCUAAGGCUUCUCUGUAAACAGCUUGCAGCUGCCCAAGAUAAGCCUCCUACAUAAGUUCCCUUGCUUAUUUACACUGCCACCUACCAAUUUGGAGUGGUCUGCCUAUUCUGUUGCCCUCCGUGUACAUGGGUCAGUUUUGAAUUUCACCGGGAAACUCCUGAGUUUGUGAACCAACACCAAGAAGAGAAAGUGCUUGGAGACUUUAAGAGGAACUGGAAGGUCAGAGGUGCGGGAGCAUCACUCUUGGAUGUGCACUUCAUUUCCCUUUCCCUGAAAGCUUAGUUGUGAUUUAAAUAUCAUUUGGCUGGAUCCCUUCCCCUAAGAGUUCCGUCAAACAACUUCCAUGGGUUACAUUCAGUGGAUGGCAUAAUUGCUGAGCCCCAGCAUAGCUGAGAUUUUUUUCUUUUUUGUGUGCAUUAGUCUGGGUUCUCCAGAGAAACAGAAUAGGUGAUGAUACAUAUACACUUUGCCAACAAAGGUCUGUAUAGUCAAAGCUGUGGUUUUUCCAGUAGUCAUUUAUGGAUGUGAAAGUUGGACCAUAAAGAAGACUAAGUGCCAAAGAAUUGAUGCCUUUGAACUUUGGUACUGGAGAAGACUCUUGAGAAUCUCUUGGACAACAAGGAGAUCAAGCCACUCAAUCCCAAAGGAAAUCAACCCUGUUAAUCCAAAAAGGAUUAACACAAAACCAUACUGAGGCACAUCAUACUUAAACAGCUGAAAACUGAAGGUAAUGAGAAAAUCUUGGAAGCAUGAAGACAAAAAUGACUUGUCUUCAGAAAUGAAGCAGAAAAGUAUAAAACAAGACGCAGAAUUCAGUAGCAAAGAAAAGAAUCCAUAAAGAACAAAGGCAUUUCAGUAAAAGAAACAAUUAAAAUUUGUCAUUCAGUUCAGUUCAGUUCAGUCGCUCAGUCGUGUCCAACUCUUUGUGACCCCAUGAAUCGCAGCAUGCCAGGCCUCCCUGUCCAUCACCAACUCUUGGAGUUCACUCAAACUCAUGCCCAUCGAGUCAGUGAUGCCAUCCAGCCAUCUCAUCCUCUGUAGUUGGCUUAAAGCUCAACAUUCAGAAAUUUGUCAUUAGCAGACAUGUACUCCAAGAAAUUAAGUUCUUCAAGCUGAAGGGAAUUGAUAAUGGAAAUUUAGAUCACUGGGAAGGAAUGAAGAUCAUGUGAAAAAGUAAAUAUAUGAGUAAAUAAAAAAGAUUAGAGCUUUUUGGUCUUAAUUUCUUUAAAAUACAAAAGACUUUAAAUUUCCAAGUGGAGUGCUGAUGUGACUUUAUGGAUUACUACUUCUUAACUGCAAAAAAAAAAAAAAAACCAAAAAACUGAUGCAAUGCAGAGAGCUGGUGGUCAAUACAUGAAUCAGGAGAUUAAACAGAGCUUCACUUAUGUGCCCCCUGUUAUUUGACAAAAUAUUGAGUACACAAUAUUGUUUAUGAAGUUAUCUUGUAAAAAAUGUUUAAUCUGAUACCUAGUCAAGCCUCUAGACAUAAUGUUC